AUGCCCCAGGGCGCUUGUCUUGUGGCUUCCCAGGACCCCUACUCCAGUGUUGCAACUCCCCAGCCCGUGAUCUGCAGCUGGAAGGCCACACAUCCCCCCCACCCCACCCCGGCUGCCGGCCCCGCGCCGGAGGCAGCAGGAAAAGGUUUACGGCAGAAAUGGCCCGCAGGCGUGCAGGGAGCAGCCCAGGGCACGCCCCGCCCGCACCUCGGCCCGCGGGAGGCUGCGGACGCCCCGCCCGCACCUCGGCACCCCGCAAGCUGCUGCGGGACGCCCCGCCCGCACCUCGGCCCGCGGGAGGCUGCGGACGCCCCGCCCGCACCUCGGCCCCCGCAAGCGGCUGCGGACGCCCCGCCCGCACCUCGGCCCCCGCAAGCUGCUGCGGGACGCCCCGCCCGCACCUCGGCCCCCGCAAGCUGCCGCGGGACGCCCCGCCCGCACCUCGGCCCCCGCAAGCUGCUGCGGGACGCCCCCCCCCGCACCUCGGCCCCGCAGGCGGCGGCGGACACCCCGCCCGCACCUCGGCCCCCGCAAGCUGCUGCGGGACGCCCCGCCCGCACCUCGGCCCGCGGGAGGCUGCGGACGCCCCGCCCGCACCUCGGCCCCCGCAAGCGGCUGCGGACGCCCCGCCCGCACCUCGGCCCCCGCAAGCUGCCGCGGGACACCCAGCCCGCACGUCGGCCCCCGCAGGCGGCGGCGGACACCCAGCCCAGCCCGCCCCGCGCCCGCACGCGCUCGUCCCUCCCUCCCGUCCCUCCGCAGGGGCCGCGGGGCCACACUGGACGCCGGACUCGAGGGGGAAACCGGCAGCAGAGUCGCGGUCCUCCCGAGGCCCAGAGCGCCGCCGGAAGUGCCCGAGCCGCUAGGCGACGUCGACGGCGCUUCCGGCGCGGCCGAGCGGCAGCACAGGCCCCACGUGGCAGCCCGGCUGCCCGGCAGGCAGCUGCGAGCGUAGAGGAGACGCCCACGCUGGAGACCCCCGGCCUUUGUGAAGAUGCGGAAGCUGGAGGGAGGCCCGGAGGGGCCCCGCAGGUGCCCGUGGGCGGUGAGAACGCGGCGGGGCAGACUGGCCGCGGAGGUGGUGCGGCCGGCUCCGACGUCCCCUUGAGCGCGGGCCCUGCGGCGGGGCCCGGAGGGCGGCCGUUCGCGUGCGGCGCCUGUGGGCGGAGCUUCGCAUGCUGCUCGGCCGUGGCGAGGCACCAGCGCGCCCACGCCGGGGAGAAGCCCUACGAGUGCGGCGACUGCGGCAAGGCCUUCGUGCACAGCUCGCACGUGGUCCGGCACCAGCGCGUGCACAGCGGCGAGAAGCCGUACGUGUGCACGGAGUGCGGCAAGGCCUUCAGCCAGAGCUUCAACCUCAUCCGCCACCAGCGGACGCACACCGGGGAGAAGCCGUACGCGUGUGCCGAGUGCGGCAAGGCCUUCGGGCAGCGCUCGGACGCCGCCAAGCACCAGCGGAGCCACACUGGGGAGCGGCUGUACGCGUGUCGGGAGUGCGGGAAGGCCUUCGUGCACAGCUCCAACGUGGUGCGGCACCAGCGCGUGCACCACGGGGAGAACCCGUACGCGUGCCCGGAGUGCGGCAAGGCCUUCAGCCAGAGCUCCAACCUCCUGCAGCACCAGCGCGUGCACACCGGGGAGCGGCCCUACGAGUGCGGCGACUGCGGCCGCGCCUUCAGCCGCAGCUCCUUCCUCAGCGAGCACCGCAGGAUCCACACCGGGGAGAAGCCCCACGAGUGCGGGCACUGCGGCCGCGCCUUCCGGGCGCUCUCGGGCUUCUUCCGGCACCAGAGGCUGCACACGGGCGAGAAGCCCUUCCGCUGCACGGACUGCGGGAGGGCCUUCCGCCUGAGCUUCCACCUCAUCCAGCACCGGCGCGUCCACGGCCCAGAGUGAGCCGCGUGGGCCGCACGCGCCGCCUCCGCGCGCACGGGGGGGGGGGGGGGGCAGGAAGCCGCGUGGUUGGCCUUCUGCCGCUGUGGAACCUUGAGCGUGGCUGUGGCCCUGCUGGGGGUCGGCGGCAGCCGCAGGCUUCCCAGGGAAGGACCUGAGCACACCUGUCCCCGAGCUGGCAGGCACGAAGUUGUUUUUCUUUUUUUUUUUUUUUUUUUUUUUUUUUUUUUUUUUUUUUUUUUUCCCUAAAGAUUAUUUGAGAGGCAGAGAGAGAGGGACCGCGAAAGGUCUCCAUCUGCUGGUUCACUCCCCAGACGGCCACGACGGCCGGAGCUGGGCCUGUCAGGAGCCAGGAGCUUCCUCCAGUCUCACGGACGCGGGCCGCGUUCCGCUUUCCCAGGCAGCAGCAGAGAGCGGGAUUGGAAGAGCAGCCGGGACACACGUGGCUCUCCUGUGGGGCGCUGGCGCCCCCGGCGUCGGCCUGGCCUGCUACGCCGCGGCGCCGGCCCAGCGUGAAUCUUCAGGACGGCGGCACUGCCGUCCUGCACCACACCUGAGAGGGUCCCAGCCAGUUCCCCAAGGCCAGGGAGCGGAGCAGGGGCUGCCCGGCCAGGCGCGGGAGGCUCCCGCCAGCAGGCGGCACCACGGGAGCGGGAAGGAGAGGCGUGACGGCAGGUUUGCUGCUGCCCUGGUCUGCAGGGCGCGCCCAGCGGGUCCCCCGGCGCCCAGAGCUGCGGGUGCACUCAGUGGUCGGAGGGCACCGGUCCGGAAUACAGGUGUCAGCUGUUUUCCUGUACCGGGCAGUGAGCAGACCAGAAAGGGAACACAUCAAUGAAAUUUAUUCCCACCAGCAGCAACAGAUGGAACACCCAGCCCUCAGUGUAGCCAAGGGAACGCUGGGAAGACCGAGGGAAAGCAAAGACCACUAACCGAGCGGAAAGCCCCCCCCCGACACAGCUCUCCCCAGACUGGGGAAGCUCCUGCAGCCCCCACCAGAGCCUCAGCUUACGUCUGCAGAAACUGAAAACCAGACCCCGGGGCCGGCACUGGUGUAGUGGGUUAAGCCUCCGCCUGCGGCACCAGCAUCCCACAUGGGCGCCGGUCCGAGUCCCGGCUGCUCCUCUUCCAAGCCAGCUCUCUGCUGUGGCCUGGGAAAGCAGUGGAAGAUGGCCCAAGUCCUCGGGCCCCUGCACCCACAUGGGAGACCUGGCUCCUGGCUUCGGGUCAGCCCAGCUCUGGCCGUUGCGGUCUGGUGGGGAGUGACCCAGCAGAUGGAAGACUCCCCCGCCGGCCAGCUCUACCUCUCUCUGUAACUCUUUCAAAUAAAUAAACAUAAAUCUUAAAGAAAUCGGGAGCAGGCACUCAAACACUUGUAUAUAAGCAGCCGCGGCAGCACAACCCACAGACGCCGACGGUGCCAGCAGCCCAGGCCCCCAAACCUCCAUGGGGUUAGUGGCUGAGAACAGUGGUCUACUCAGGCAGGGGGGUGGUUUUUAACUGUUAAACUGAUGAGGACAGAUCCUACACUUGAUCUUAGCAAAAGGCUAACUAUUUAUUUGUUUGAAAGGCAGUUUCAGGGAGGACAGAGAAAGGUAUCUUCCAUCCACUAGGUCACAACUCAGAUGACCACAAUGGCCAGGGCUGGGCCAGCCAGGAGCCAGCAGCUCCAUCCCGUGUGGGUGCAGGGGCCCAAGCACUGAGUCCAUCAUCUGCUGCCUUCCCCGGCCAUCAGCAGGGAGCCAGCCCUCACGUGGGAUGUCAGCAUCGGAAGUCGUAGCCUAACCCACUGCACCACAAUGCUGGCUGGUAUUUUGAGUGCCAGAACUGUGGCGUAGCUGGUUAAAAUGCCAUCUGCACCGCCGGCAUCCCGCGUGGGCACUGGCUGCUCCACUUCUGAUCCAGCUCCCUCCUGAUACACCUGGGAAAGCAGCGGAGGAUGGCCCAAGUCCUUGGGCCCCUGCACCUGCAUGGGAGACCUGGGUGAAGCUCCUGGCCUCUGGCUUUGGCCUGGCCCAGUCCUGGCCAUGGCAGCCAUUUGGGGAGUGAACCAGAAUGGAAGUUUCUCCGCCUGUCUCUCCCUUUCUAAUUACUUCAAAUAAAUAAUUUUUAAAAAAAAGUAUUUUCAGCCAUAAGCAGGGACACAGCUACGGGAUGGCAGGGCCGGGGGCACGCGCAGUGGGACGCUGGGCAGCCGGGGCCGGCGCCGUGUGUCUCCCUGCACGCGCAGUGUCAAGAACAGGCAGAGCCAUGGGCUGCGGCGGGGGCUGCUCCCGAGGUCAGAGUUCUGGCCCUGGACCCACUGCCACCUGGACGCCGACACGCAGCUCGCGGCUGGCCACGGCGGGACAGGUUACAGGGAGCUGGUGACCAGGGCUGCACGUGGCUCCCACGCCUGGGUCCCCGCCGCCGACUCCAGCUUCCUGCCGGUGCAGACCUGGAAAGCCGCCAUGGUGACGCGGCCGCCGGGCUCUUGGCUCCAGGCCCGGGCCCCCACCCCGGCUGCUGCUGGUGUCUGGGUGUGAGCCAGCCGUUGGGAGUUUUCUGUCCCUCUCGCAUACUAAUUAUUGUUAAGCGUCCUCCCUGCUCCAAGGCCAAGCUUGGUCCCUGAGUGGAACUUCUGAAAACCACACAGCUCAAACGGGCUGAUUCUAGCGUCGACAGCUUCCCGAUCAUCCGACGCUCAGAUCCCGCCGCCCAGCCUCGCGUCGACAGCAGCACGUUUUUCACAGGCAGAGUUGAACAGCUGCUGCAUCCGGCAGGUUUUGUUGGGCAUGGCGGGGGCUGGGUGCGCCGUGACCUGGAGGGAAAGCGGCCGUGUGUCCCCGAAACGGCCUCUGGCGGCUGUGUCGGUGCCAAGGAGUUACUACUGACCAGAUGCUUUACUGAGGACAAGAGCACACGCGAGGGCCGUGGCACAUGGGCAGCUCCCGCCUGAACUCCCGGAGCCGGGCUUCCUCUUGUCCCACCGCAGCUCUCGGAACCGACCUGCUCUCAACACCUGCGGUUCACUUCCGCUCCGGUGAGCGCAGGACCAGGACCAAGACGAGGCUCCGGCGUGUAGAGGCCACCGCCGGGCCAGCCGUGCCUGCGGGUCCUCCGAGAGGCAGGCGGCGGCGUCCUGGAGGAUCUGCCGUGCCGCGGGUCACAGGUGAGUUACACGAGAGCAGGUCCACGCCAUGGCCGACAGGACUGCUGCUGCACUAACAAGGCCGCCGGGAAGGACGGGACGCCUGGGGUGUCCGCAGCCGGGCCCGGCCGCCGCCGCACUGCUGACGCACUGGAGCCGCCCGGUGGGUGGCCGCAGCCUCUGUGUGCAAACCGGACAGCAGGCCCCGGGCCGGAGCAGGGAGCCCGCGUCGCGCCCCAGCGCCAGCUGCACUUCCCAGCCUGCUCCUCGCUAAGGCGCCCGUCGGGGAGACCCGGUGGAGCUGGUGCAGCUCUGGCUGUUGGAAGCGUUUGGGGGAGUGAAUCGAUGGGUGGGAGGUCUUCGUCACUCUGCCUUUUGAACAAAUACAUCUAAAAAAGUGAAAGGAAGGCUCUUUAUAUGAACAAAAUACUCAUAAAAUGGUCUGUGUGUUUCCAGAGAGAACACAGGUAUUGAAAACUUUAAAAAUGAACCACGGGCAGGAAGUGCAGACACUGACCGGCCGCCCUGGGCUCCCUGGUUUCUGGCUGGGCCCCUUCCCUGAACAGCCCAGCAUCCUCUCUGCCUUUCGUCAAAACCUGAGGUGGGGGCAGGUGCCGGCGCCGCCAUCAGGCCUGGUUCCCCCCCACACACCUGCCGCCUGCGCUCAGCCCUGCCGAGGCCGCAGGUGGUGGGCCAAGGCCCCCGCUCCUGGUGGAGCUCCAGCUCCUGCCCCAGCCAGGAAAUGCUGUGGGCAUCUGGGGCGUGAACCUGGAGGUGGACAUCCGUCUCUGUCGUCUUUUGAUCACGUAUCUAUCUGCUGCCCUCUUUUCAAAUGAAUAAAUCCAUCUUUUUAAAAACUA